UCGAGCCCAGAAGCAAACAAUUCUGGGUUUCAAGAAAGCAGCCCAAUUUAGGCUGGCAAGCGAGUUCCCAGUCCCCCGGAACGAUCUCACUUUCAUCUGAAUGCGAUGAAUCAACUGAUGAAUCUGUUAUUCAUUUCUUUAUCUGCAGCUGAAACACACAAGUAAUCCAAUUUUUUGAGAUCGGGCGAACUUUCUUCCCUCCCGCCCAAACUAGCCAUGGGCGUAGUAAUUGAGAGGGAUGUGUGGGAGCCAAAUCCAACAAUGUAUUUAUUCAUAUUCGUAUCAUGCUGCUUGUCCGUCUUCUGUUUGCCAAUCAAAUCCAAUAGCGGCGGCAGAAGUUCUUCGGUCUUUGAUCAUGCCCCUCCCUCUUCUUUCAUUCGUUUCCAAAGACGUUUCCUCCUCCUAUUUUCUCUUUCUUCAGUUAUGGAAGGCUUAUGGGAAGUAUUUGGAGAAUAUGAGAUGGCAUACAAUGGCAUUAGUAGGGAGCAGAUGAUUGUUUCUCUCUGUCUUGGAUAUGUAGCUGCUCUCUUUGGUGGUAUUUUUCUAGGCAUGCUCUCUGAUUUGAUUGGCCAGAAAAAAGUCUGCUUGUUAUUCUGCUCGCUGCACCUUUUUAUUGCCAUAUGGAAGAGGGUAACUGCAGAUCCAAGUGUUUGGCUUGCUAGCAUCUGUCUCUCUCUUGCGUCAAUGAUUUUUUUCUUCAACUUUGAAACAGGGAUGGUUGUUGAGCAUGAUAAGCUGGGACAGAGGCAAGACUUGAUGAAUGACAUGUUUUGGUUAAUGACUUUUGCUGAAUCUGCAUCUUUCAUUGGAAGCCAAGUGCUUGGGAAUUGGUUAAUUGGUGGUAAUGGAAAGAGAAGCAUGCUUUCUCCUUCCGGUGCAGUUGUGGUGUUGGCUUUUAUUGCUCUGAUUCACGUUAGCCGGAGGUGGAAGGAAGAUCCAAAAUCAACUAGUCUUAAGGAUUAUCACUCUAAAUUUCAUACAUAUAUACUCAGUGAUAGAAGGAUAUGGCUUUUGUCAUGGGCACAAGCUUCUGUUCACUUCUCCGUUUCAGUUUUUUGGAUCCUUUGGGCUCCGACCAUUGUGGCAGAUGGCAGAGAGGUUCUGUUAGGUUUAAUAUAUCCGUGUUUGCUCGGCGCUAAGAUGCUAGGAAGCACUGCAUUUCCGUGGUUCUUCAAUGGACCUUUAUUACUUCGAACAGAGGACUGCUUAGUGUAUGCUUUUGUUGUUAUGGGAUUCGUCAUGUCCAUCGUAGCUUAUGAUUAUCAGGAAAUAAAAGUUCUUGUGAUGCUAUUCUCAAUAUUUCAUGCUUGCAUGGGACUGGUUUUGCCUUCAUUUGCCAGAUUGAGAACCAUGUACGUGCCUAAUGAACUUCGCGGAGGAAUGAUGAGUUUAUCUCUUGCUCCUUCAAAUGCUCUCGUGUUAUUUUUUCUAGUGCAGAGAGGUUGCUACCUGAAUAUUGAAAAUUUAACCAUGAUAGCAGCUGCUGCACUUGGUCUCUUUUCCGCUGCUGGAUGCAUGUAUAUGUUGAAGCGGCUGGGAAAGCAACCACACCAGAACUGGCAUAAGUUGUGACCCCUUCCAUAUCUGAAGCUCUUUUAUCAGAAUUGAGUAGCUAGCUCCUGCAUGUUGCCCGUUGACUCAAAGAUGGUGAAACUUUUAAGCUUCAUACUUUCAUGAAGAAUGCGAAUGACAUCCUCUUUUAAUUGGAAAUCAAGGAAAGAUGCAGCCUUUAACGAGGUAUUUUGAGGAGAUUCUACGUGAGAGUUCAAUUUGGUUUUCAACACACUUUCCAUUCAGAUGCAUGAGACACUAAAAACGAACAUUUUGCAGUUCACUGUUCGGCACGAAGGUAAUAUCAUAAGGAGAAACUAACUCACACCUCGUGUUUACUAUCAUAGAAGCAAGAUAGCAUUGGUGGUAGAAUUUGGGUUUGCAUUUCAUCCCCUGGAACAGCUCUCCGGCUUUCUGAUGACUGGUGGAACUCUUAUCGAUGGUCAGCAAAUCAAUAUAGUAGGAAAACUACCAGCUAUAUCUAUUUAUAAGUAGCUUAUUACAAAAAUUGAUCAAUUUAUAAAAUAUUACUAUGUUAUAAAUCCAUUUACACAUAAGGUGGAUAUCUAACUUGAGAUUUGGAAAUCUUGCCAUA